GUCUUGACUAGUGGGCUGAAGACACGACUGAAGAGCUAGGAUUUGACAAAUAGGAAGCUUAAACAAGGGAUAUGGUGCUGCUACGGUUUGCACCGUCGCCGACGGGCCCUCUGCACCUCGGAGGCCUGAGAAUGGCAUUAUACAACCACCUGUUCUCCAGGAAGAAUGGUGGUAAAUGGUUAUUGAGGAUAGAAGAUACAGACGCGACUCGAUUUGUUCCUGGUUCUGUGGAGGGAAUUCGCAAGGCGCUGGACUGGGCUGGGUUGGAGUAUGACUAUGGACCUGGGAAAGGUGGGCCACAUGGACCUUACUUCCAGUCAGAACGAUUGGACCUGUACCGAGAUUAUUCGAAGAAAUUGCUCGAGUCAGGUCACGCCUACAGGUGCUUCUGCUCAAUGGAUAGGCUGGCGGAAGUCCGCGAACGGCUAGCUAGGACAGGGUCAAACGCGACAUACGAUAGGACGUGUCUUCACUUGACUGAGGAAGAGGUCGCUAGGAGGGUUAAAGCUGGGGAGAAAUCUAUCGUCAGGUUGAAUGGCUCGAAUCUCCCCGUCCGCCCACCAGGCACAGACCUAAUCUUCGGCAACCUCAAAGAUGCACACGCUUCGCUCGCUACGGACCCUAUCCUGCUCAAAUCUGACCAGUUCCCCACAUACCAUCUCGCCUCGGUAGUGGACGACCAUGAAAUGGGUAUCACGCACGUUCUGAGGGGGGAGGAAUGGUUGCCUUCUCUACCCCUCCACCUGGAUUUGUACGCGGCCUUGAAGAUCCCGACGCCCAAGUUUGCGCAUUUGCCAAUCUUGUUGAACCCGGAUGGCUCGAAGAUGUCGAAGAGGAAUGGGGAUGUGCAGGUGGAGGAUUACAUUCGAAGGGGAUGGGAACCUGGUGCUGUGUUGAAUUGGCUGGCGCUGGCCGGUUGGGGAGCUAGGCAUGAUCAUUCUGCUUCUGAAGAGUCGUCGAGUUCGGGUUCGAGUACGACGAGCUCUGAAGCGCCUGACAGUACGGCGAUUUAUAGUCUCCCUGAACUGAUCAAUGAGUUCGAUAUCCAUUCGGUCACGCAUCGCAAUUCCUCGUUGGAUCCUAUGAAACUGGAGUACAUCAACAAACACCAUCUGCUUCGACAGAGGUCUACUCCGGAAGGUUUUGAUGCACUCGCUGAGAGAGCCCCCUACACGAACAAGGAGAUGAUCAAGCGCGCAGUUGUGCUCUUGGAAGGCCGCCUGACGAACCUUAAAGAACUGCCGAUCCACGUCUUUUAUCUCUUCGAGGAACCAAACCUCGAAUCGGAGGAGGCGAAGGAGAUGGUUAGCGCGUUCGAUGCUGCUGAGCGAGAUCAGGUUUUGACUGCGGUAUCGGAGGCGCUGGCUGGGCUCCCUGAACCUUGGGAAGAACACGAGUUCUUGCAACUGCUUCAUUCGACGCGGAAGGAAAUCAAUAAGCCGAAUAAGAUGUUCAUGAAGACUGUGAGGCAUGCGUUGACUGGAUACAAAGAUGGACCGGCGCUCCAGGAUAUCAUCAAGACUCUGGGACGGGAGAGGACUUUGAAUCGGUUGAGGUUCAGAUCUCAGUAG